AAAAGAACACUUCCCGGUGUAGCAUGCAAGGCAGUCUGCAGCUGAGCAAGUCAGCGCAGAGGCGAGAACUGGGCUUGGGAAGCGGGAAGAAGAGCUGGGGCUGAGCAAAGCGGGGAAUGGCGUGGAAAGAAGUGUGGGAGAGGUCCUGAAGACUGGAGGUUGUCAGGGAUGGGGAGACCUUGAGAAGUGCCCGGGAGCUUCUCCUCCUUUCCCUCCUCUCCUCCCCACUGACUCCUUCGUAAAAUCAUCUGGCUUUUUGGAGAAAGAGUGCCCGAUAUAAAGCACAACUGUAAAGGUGGGAUUCCAUGACAAGAUGAACCUGGUACUGAAGCCUUGUCGAGAAGGUUCCGAGGCCAUCCUCCAUGGGGAGUUUGGAGCCUACCCGCCUAAGGGGAUCCGCUAUGCCCUCAGCCUCACCCGGACUGAAUUGCAUAUCCAGCGCCUAGUACCCAAGCCGGACACUGAUCAACGGACUGUGAUACGGCUGAUAGAUGUGGUGGGUUGCCACACACUGCGCAGCCAUACAGUAGCAAACCAGUCAGCAUUCUUCUGCAUCUACGCCUACCCACUGAAGAAAAAAAAGGUAGCAAUGGGCUCAGGACGGGCCCGGCAACGGAUUGCAAAGACCUUUCAAGUGGACGGAGCAGAGCGCUACAAGGACAACCAGGCUCUGGCUGAAAAAUGGGCAGCUGCCAUCAAGUGCCUAGUGCUGGGAAUUCCAAUUUCCAGUGAAACAGAGAUUAGCAGUAAUCUACUGCCACGUUCCCGCCGCCUCCUCCUCUUGCUCAACCCCUUUGGAGGCAAAGGAAAUGCACUGCAGUGGUGUCAGAAUCACAUCCUUCCCAUGAUCACUGAGGCAGAUGUCAGCUUCAACUUGAUCCAAACAGAGAGACCGAAUCAUGCCCGGGAGCUGGUGCAGAGCAUCUCUUUAGAUGAAUGGGAUGGUAUUGUGGUCAUUUCAGGAGACGGACUCCUUCACGAGGUUAUUAACGGUUUGAUGGAACGUCCUGACUGGGAGGAAGCAGUUAAAAUGCCUCUUGGGAUUCUUCCCUGCGGAUCUGGGAAUGCUGUGGCAGCUGCUAUUAAUUGUAGUGCUGGGUUUGAGCAGGUCUUGGGCCAGGAGCUGCUGACAAACUGCACUCUUCUUCUCUGCCAUGGGGCAGUUUCUCCCUUGGACCUGGUCUCCAUCACCACCACAUCAGGAACCCGUGUCUUCUCUUUCCUGAGUGUGGCCUGGGGCUUCAUUUCAGAUGUGGAUAUCGAAAGUGAGAAGUAUCGGCACAUGGGCCCAGCCCGGUUCACCUUAGGGACCAUGGUUCGCCUGGCUUCCCUCAACAUUUACCGUGGCCGGCUCUCUUACCUUCCUGCUCUUGGUUGUGCAACUCAUCGGCCGAUUUUGCGCAGCAUCACCGUAGCCGCCAAUGGGAGCCUUCCCUUCCAACGCCUGCCCCUCCACCGCACGGUUUCCGAUAUGGGCCUUUGCGAGGAGCGCCAAUCCUUCUGCUACCGUGAGAUGGAGUCAGCGGAGGAGCCCACUCCCUCACCCAGCUCCCCGCCUUCUUCCAGCUUCCAAGCAUCCAACUUCAGUUUUGAAAGCCUGUCAGAAGUGACGGUAGACAAGGAGUCCCAGCCUGCUGAUCUGCCCAAAGUUCUACCAAACCGGUUGCCUUCUGCCCGGCAAAUGCAUGGCCCUUUGGAUGACUUUCUGGCCCCUCUUGAACAACCGGUGCCCAAAUCCUGGGUGACGGUGGAGGAUGAUUUUGUACUGGUAUUGGCCAUUUACCAAACUCACUUAGGGGCAGACCUCUUCACCAUGCCCACUGCUGGCUUUAAUGAUGGUCUUAUCCAUCUUUGCUUUGUCAGGGCAGGCGUCUCCCGGGCAACCAUGCUUCGCCUCUUCUUAGCUAUGGAGAAAGGCACUCAUAUUGACCACGAGAAUCCUUAUUUUACGCACCUCCCCGUCCGAGCUUUCCGAAUAGAGCCUCUCACUCACAAGGGAAUCAUCACCAUUGAUGGUGAAAGGGUGGAAUAUGGACCCAUUCAGGGACAAAUCCAUCAUGGGAUUGCCAACUUAGUUACUGGGAUCAACCGGUCUAAGGUGACUACCUUCUGACAGGUUGUGUUAAUUCUCUUACAGAGACUAACGGUUCUAAUUUGACGUGUGUUUCCUUCUAUCUGUUCUCCAACCACUAGAGGGCAAGCUGCUUAAAAUGACUCAUUACCCUUCUAGGCAUUUGAGCGCACACAUCGUAUAUCCUAAUUAAUGCAUCUAGAGUGUUUUAACCAUUGCUUUCCAAGAGAUGCAAUAAUAUGAAGGAUGACUUCCUUCUUUCAACUCAGUACCUGGACAGGCUGCCUCAAGAUUUUCCAUCACUCAGAAGCCACCGGGUUCCCAAUCUGUUGGUUUGAGUGAGGUGGAAUACAAAUGUAGAACCCUUAUAUGUAUUUUUAAUGCCUCAAUUAUCCACCCGGGGUUUCCAUCAUUCCACCCAUCAUUUCUUUCUGUCAUACUUUUCCAACGCUAAGUUACCUCUUCCUGUAGGACUUAGAGGCACCUUGGCAAUAGCCUUUCUCACUAUUGAAGAUUGGAGGCAGUGAGCAGCCAUCUAUCUGCCCUAUAUUUUUGCCAGUCCCUCAAAAAUCUUUAUUUAAAGUUGUAGGGCCGGGAUGGUGGUUUGGCUGAAGAAGUCCCAGAAGAAUUGAACACUAAAGCUCCCUCUGUACUUUAGUCCUUGGAACUGAAAUUAGCCUGAUUUUUCAGCACUUGAUUUAAAACACUGGACUUUGCAUUUAAGCAAAACUUUAGGUUCCACUGGUGAUACGGGAUUCCUCUGUCCCCUUUCCCCAAAUGGCCAAGUCAGUCUCCUUCCUAUUCCAAGGUCUUAGCCUUCUUUUGCUCACAUUUCAUAAGGCCUAGAGGAGGGAGACUGAGCAAGGCAGACUCAUUUAGAGGCCCUGAUGGUUGCACUGUUGACAUGCACUUGAUAGGCUACCUACCCUCCAUAUAAACCGGAGUUGGGAAAUUUAGGUCCCUCCAAAUACUGAUGGACUACAAAACCCAUCCUUGAUUGCUGGUCAUAUGGGCUGGGGCCAAGAUAAAAUAUUUGAACACUACAGUUUUCCCCUGGCUUCCCAGCCUAAAUGCAGGCCAGGGAAAUGCACCUGAAAUUGGACGUUGAAUGUACCGGAUAACUUGCUUGUUUGUUGGAGUGUUUUGUUCUCUGUUUUGUUCAGAUGCAUUAAUUACGGCCAAUUGUUUUGUCUUCUCUCCUGGUUUACAGGGGGUUGCGCUUGGGUGGUCCUGCUAUUCUUCCUCUCCAUGGAUGACCAAAGCCAUAUAAGGAAAGGAAGAGAACCCUGUUUUCUGAGACCUACAAUUGUUGGUUUCUAACCCGCUUAGGGUAUGCUAGAGGGAGCUUGAAGUAACAUCUCCCUUUCAUAUCAUGACUUGAAGAUGGCUUCAUUUUAGGAAUACACUGGAUGAAUGUAACUGGAUUUUUCUUGUGGGAAAAUUAUGCUAAGGUGGCUGCUUUUCCCUUCCCCACUAUGUGGGGGCUAACAAGAAAUUAAAAGAUCCAAAAACUGUAAUAGAUAAGUGUCUGUAUAUGAGACAAUGCUUAUAAUAUGUGUUCUCCCUCUCCCUUUCUCUGUUGUAACUAAUUUCAAACCAGGAGAUCAAGUUGGUUAACAUCUCCCUUGCCCAACUUUUCCCAGGUUCAUACAGUGAUAAUCCCUAGAGCAAGUGAUUGCUUAAGACUGGCUCUCAAGUGGCUUCAGGUUCUAUGGCAAGUUUAGUAGAAACUGGCUGAUCUCAAAAAGCUGAGCAGGAGUGCCUGAUUAAUUCUUCAGUGAGAGGCCCCCUUAGAAAGCCAAAAUUGUAAGAUAACUGGAAAAAACAUCCUGAACCUGGGAGGAAAACAGCAAACUACUUUUACUAUGUUUCCAAGAAAACUGCGUGGACAUAAAUAUACCAGGAGUUAACCUUUGGCCUUCACUGACUUGACCGUGGGUUAUUCUAUGAACAUUGGGAAAGAUAAAUGCGAAGGCACGAGGCUUUCUCCUUCGUGUGGACGUUUUGGGACAUCUACCAUACAAAUUCGGACAUGUCCUAUUGCUCCGACCUUUCUCCGCUCUGUCAUCAAGCUCCAAGCUGGAAGAAAGCACAUGAGUGAAGAAGCAGCCAGUAGUGAUGGCUGUUCCUUUUGUGGUCUGCCUUGUCUUCUCAGAGAGUCGCAAGAAGAGGAUUGAAUGGGCAAAAAAGAUGACAAGAGUAAAGAAAGGGGGUAGUUAUGAAAGCACAGGAUCUGGCCCAUAAAAACAAGGGGACAAGGCCAGAAGCUGAUACCUUGGGAUGUAUUUCAUUAACCAGAUCAUAGAAACCUAGGCAUUUAGGUCUCCCAAGUUCAAUCCUUCCAUAGUUCAAAAAA